GGGAGGUUCUCCACUGGUGGUACAGUGAGAGUUUUUUUUUUUUUAAUCUUUUUUUAUUUCUUAUUUUUAUUACUCUUUUUAUUUGUCAUUUUCUCUUUAGUUUAAAUUGACAGUGGGAUUUGUAUUUAGCAGAUUUUUGUUAUAAGAAAUCAGAGGAUAUGAACAGGAAGCCACUUUAGUGUUCUACUUACCACCCGAUUCCUUUAUAAUUCAUUGCUUGGUCUAUGAGUGUGGAGUUGUCUAGGUGCAAAUGGGUUUGAUCUAGACAUUCUUAUGUGUGUGACUGAUCCUAAUGUUUCAUUUUUUAGCUUUCAGUAGAUAUUUGAUUUUCUCUAGAUCAAUAUCUUAAUGUAUCAUGGAUAUAUUCUUUUGGUCUCUAAUCUCUUCCUAACAAACAAAAACAAAAUUAAGUGUUGUAGAUAUUAUGUUGAGUGUCAUGAUUUUGACUCUGUUGUUAUGGAUAUACCUGCUUCUAUACUGUUAAAAUUAUUGAGCUCUGUCUAUGCAAGAACCCCAAAGUGAUUGUUUUUUCUUCUAUCAUCGGGUUCAGGUUAUUAAUUUUGUUUUGCUGUGAAAGGGUUUGGAAAAUGUGAUAGGAAUAAGAUGGAGAAGAUUGAAAAGGAAGGAUACUGUUUGGUGAGAUGGGUUAUUCAUUCUCUGUUUCUAUGUUUAAUAGGUUCAUUAAUUCAUAUUGCCAUUUAAUGGCUAAAGAUUCAUAUAUAUUGAAAAACGCAAUGGCUGAUGAGAAAUCUGUGCUUCUGUACCAGAAGAAGAGAAACAUAGCGACGGAGAGAAAGCUGAAGAAAGAACAGGAGGAAGCAGAGAAACUUGCAAAAUGAUCUGGUAUGGAUGAUAAUAUUUCUUGGAAGUUUUCCAGUUUAAUUUCUUGGUAUAUCAUUAUCUGUUUUUCCUUGGUGUGAAAGGAAAAAAUUUGGUAAUCAUCUUUUUCUUUUACCUGGUCUGAUUCUAUUUGUUUAAUUAUCAAUUAUUAUGCAUAUCAUGGACAAAUUCCCCAACUUCACUAUGUAGUAAAUCUUGCACUUAUUCUUGAUAUGUGGUUGAUGAGAUCCAUAGAUCAAGUAAUUGUCGGACAGCUUCAGGUGUCUAAUUUAGUGCUCCUCUGCUAAUACAAUAUCAAUUUUAUUUCUCUGUAAGUAUUUGUUCUUACAAUGUUAAGAUCUGUAUUUUAAACUAGAUGGAUUUGACUUCUCAAAAAUCACUUAUGUAAUUUUUUUAUCUUUUGAAGCAUAUAUUCCAUUUAUCAAAAAUAAACUUUCAAACAUAAUAAUUUAUAUGUAUAGAGAUAUUUCUCAUUAAUAGAGCCUUCUUUGACCCCUCCUAAGAUAGAUCAAACAACACACCCUGCAAUGCGGGACAUCAUCUCUAGAAAUAAUAAAGAUGAGUCCUAGCCUCUUCCGAUCUCUCUCAUCACUCCCUUCCUCUUCCUUUCUCUCACUUCUCUAUGAAACUCUAUCCGCUCAUAGUUUUUUUUACCUAUUUUGCCUUCUAUUCUUUCUCCCUUUCUUACUAAGACUUUGACCUUUUAAUCUUUUUACAAAAAUAUUUAUUUAGUUUCUUUUUUAAUCCUUGAACCUUGCUCUUCUCUCUAUUUCUAACAAGGGGUGAAAUUGGUAUUUAA